UCUGAUUCUACCACGUGUUGUUUUGACGGCAACGUACGUGUACGUGGCUUGCAAGUUGUAACGUAGACAGUGUGUUUAUUACUUCGUCGGAGAUUAACAGAGUAAUUGAAUAAAUUAAAGCCAUGCUAAAAGCGGUUAUACUGAUCGGUGGGCCCUUAAAAGGAACCAGAUUCCGGCCCCUUUCAUUGGACAUACCGAAGCCACUUUUUCCUGUAGCGGGUCUGCCCAUGAUACAGCAUCACAUUGAAGCAUGCGUGGCUGUGCCGAAUUUGAGAGAAAUUCUAAUCCUUGGAUACUACCCUGCAUCAGAACUUACACAGUUUGUAGCAGAAAUGGUACAAGAAUAUAAAAUUAAUAUUCGAUAUCUGCAAGAGUUCAUGGCCUUAGGAACUGCCGGAGGAAUAUAUCAUUUCCGAGACCAGAUCAGACUGGGUUCCCCCGAAGAAUUCUUCAUCCUGAACGGAGACGUGUGCGCCGACUUCCCGUUGGUGGAAAUGUUGGAGUUUCAUAAACAAAAAGGAAACAAGCCAUUGAUGACGAUGCUGACGACGGAGGCGACGCGCCAGCAGUCCGUCCACUUCGGCUGCAUCGUGCAGGACAAGGACUCCCACGAGGUGACGCACUACGUCGAGAAGCCGUCGACGUUCGUGUCGACGCUCAUCAACUGCGGCGUGUACCUGUGCUCGCCGGAGCUCUUCCACACCAUCGCGUCCGCCUUCAAUGCCCGGCAGCAGGAGUUCUACACCGAGGGGGCGGGCGACGGCAAGGAGGCGAUCCAGCUGGAGCGAGACGUGCUGAUGCCGCUCGCGGGCACGGGCCGCCUGUUCGCCCUGCAGACGGCCCGGUGGUGGUCGCAGGUCAAGACGGCCGGCGCCGCCAUCUACGCCAACCGCCACUACCUGGAGCUGUACCGCAGCCGGCGCGGCGAGCGGCUGGCGCGGCGCGGGCCGGGCUCGUGCCAGGUGCUGGGGGACGUGCACAUACACCCGUCCGCCUCGGUGCACCACACGGCCACCCUGGGGCCCAACGUGAGCAUCGGCAGCAGCGCGUCGAUCGGGCCGGGCGUGCGCGUCAGGGAGUCCAUCGUGCUGUCUGGCGCCAGCAUCGCCGACCACAGCCUGGUGCUGCACAGCAUCGUGGGGCGGCUGUCCCGGGUGGGCCGGUGGGCGCGGGUGGAGGGCACGCCCUGCGACCCCAACCCCAACAAGCCCUUCGCCAAGAUGGACAACCGCGCCCUCUUCAACCGCGACGGGCGCCUCAACCCCUCCAUCACCAUCCUGGGCUGCAGCGUGACGGUGCCGGCAGAGGUGAUCCUGCUCAACUCCAUCGUGCUGCCGUACAAGGAGCUGACGAGGAGCUUCAAGAACGAGAUCAUCCUGUGAAGGUCGCCCUGCGUCUGCCACGAGCGCAGAGCUAACACCGUGCAUCCAAAAUACAUACGUAUGAGACCAAAGAAGCAGGACCACCAAUCGUCGGCUCGAUAGAAAGGAACCACUACUUGUGGUGCAACUAUCUAUGUCGUACUGCCAUAAUUGUGGAUAAAACAUUACUUACAUACUCAGGUUUAGAGCAAAGCUGUUUGCCAAUGAAUGAGCAUGAACAAAUUAAAGAGACAUUUCUGAAUA